UGGCGUAGGUUUCUACAAAAUGCAGUGGUAGAUAAUUAGUUGUCAAUUCUGAAUUUUAAAUUAAAAGACAUGCACUUAGGAUAAGACUUAAUCCAAUCAAUAAGUGAAUUAAGGAAGUUUAAAUGUGAAAUGUGAAUUUUGCGCAAUGGAACAACAAUUGACUAACUAAGAGAUAGAACGGCUGUGUAAAUUAUUGAGACUUCUUCAAUCUAAGUGGUAAAUAUAAAAGAAAAAUGGGUAAACAAAACAGCAAACUUAAACCUGAAGUCUUAGAGGAUCUGAAGCAAAACACUGAAUUUUCAGAUGCCGAGAUACAAGAAUGGUAUAAAGGAUUUUUAAAGGAUUGUCCAAGUGGACAUUUAUCAGUAGAGGAGUUUAAAAAAAUAUAUGGGAAUUUUUUCCCCUAUGGAGAUGCUAGUAAGUUUGCAGAACACGUGUUUCGGACAUUUGAUGCUAAUGGCGAUGGUACUAUAGAUUUCCGGGAGUUUCUUUGCGCUCUCAGCGUCACAUCUCGCGGUAAACUCGAACAGAAAUUGAAAUGGGCCUUCUCGAUGUACGACCUCGAUGGAAACGGGUACAUUUCGCGACAAGAGAUGCUGGAAAUUGUUACCGCAAUUUACAAGAUGGUCGGCUCUGUCAUGAAAAUGCCCGAAGACGAAUCGACGCCCGAGAAGCGAACGGAUAAAAUAUUCCGUCAGAUGGACCGGAACAAAGACGGCAAGCUGUCUCUCGAAGAGUUUAUCGAGGGUGCUAAGAGCGACCCGUCUAUUGUUCGGCUGUUGCAGUGUGACCCUCAGUCUCAGUGAUACCUCAGAUACUAAUCGGCUACAGCAAGCGUUCAAGAACCACUUAUCUAUAUCCAAUUUAGAAACCUAAUUUGUAUAUUAUCACACUUGUAUAAUGCUUAUAAGAGCUAGUGCGCGCUGCAAAGCGCUAUUGCACGAGAAAUCUAUAGAUUGUCCCGUUGCUUAGCUCUUGUUGAAUUCUUCCACUUUCUUUUUAUACAGCCUUCUAUCCAUAUCUUAUCUAUUUAACGUGCCGUUGUGACUCUACGUUACGACGCAGAGUUCAGUGAUUUGGACUUACGCAAAAGCAGCUCUUCGCCAGGGCUUUAUUAGGGUAUAAGCUUACAGUAUUGUAUUCUAUAUUUUUUGGGGAUUAUAAUAUGUUUAGUGUCUACACAGACGUGAAAAUAAUUGAAUGAGCAAACGUGUUUUAUUCGCUUAUUAGACUUAUAAUUGAUUAAGUCCAUUGCAUUGAUAAUUUCAUGGGAUCCUAUGAAUUUAUGCUUUAGUUUAAAAUAAAUGCUUGCUUUUGCGUUAUUCCUAAAUCGCCGUAUGUAAGUUAUUAAUGAAUAUAAUAUUUAUAAUUAAGAGUUGUUGAGCGGAUUUUUGCGUCCGCGUGUACUGGACAUAACUAAUAAUAACUUAUUCAUAUAAGGGCAGAAUGGUAUUCGUACAAUAUUCUUCCCAAUAUAAAUGGAACGUAGCACUUGGGACAGGGCUGUGAAGUUAACUUCGUUGGAAGCAUCACAUCAAUUUUAGAGUUAAGGUGACAUGACAUGUCUAGGAAGAGAUUCGAGUUGAGCCCAAUUAUCUCAAACAAAUUACACAUCGAAAUAAAUCCUUCAUAUAUCACAUAUAUGUAUAAUUGUUUGUACAAUUAUUAUUAUUAUUAUUAUUUAUAUUUUUUUUUAUUUCCGGCAACUACUGGAAUGGUUGCUUUUUUUGAUGUUAUUAUUUAUAUACAUCAAGUAAUUUUAUAUGAAAAAAAAGAAUUAAAAAAAAUGUAAAAAAAAAAUUAAACAGCUACAUGUAUAUCAAAUACUGAUAAUUAUCAAAAUUAAAUUAUUCUAAAUCAUACAUAAUUUCUUCGAUGUGGCUUGUAAUGAAAUAUUUAUAUUAGAUUAUAUCUAUGUAUAAACAUAUAACAAAGAUCUGAUUUAGCCUUUACUUGGAACGGAUUAUCAUAUUAAUAUACAAUAAAUAUGUUAGUGACUUUAAUAAUUAAUUCUAAAAACCGUCAUUUUAUAAUUAAGAUACAUAUAUGUGUAGCUAGGUUUAUUAUGUAGACGCAGGAAUAUUAAUUUAUCAAUAUACACGUUAUGGUAUAUGGCGAGAGCGAAGAUUUGUAUACAAAAUAACAUACAGUCAGUCUGUUCAGAGAUUAUUCAAAUGCGACUGAUUUCGGUAAGCCUGAUGUGCAUAUUACUGCAAUUCCAUUUGGAUAUCUUGACAAUGUGUCAUUGAGCCCUUUUUGACCACUAUACUCAUGACUUAUACAUUUUUACGAAUUCAAUAUAGAAUUCGGUGCCUUCCUAGUAAGACUCCUUUUGUCCCGAGUACCCACUAGUCUUACAUAUUCGACGCCAUCUCGACUAUUCGAAUAAUGUGUCUUCCUAAAUCAAGAAAAAUAUUUUAAAAUACACCGUAUACUUAAAUAAUUUUCAUUUACAUAAUAUUGUAAUAUGGACGUCGUACCUUGAC